UUACAGUGCAUUUGUAUGACAGUCAACAAAGAAAGGAAAUGUGGUAUAAAAUUGAACAUAGAGACCAAUCGUUAGCGAUGGAUACGCUUUCCUACGGGAAGUACCGGCGUUUAAGUGCCGGUAAGACUUCCGUUGAUGUACAAAGAGAGCCUUCAGAAAAGUUAGAGAUUAUCGCCGUAGAACCAGUGUCUUCUCCUCAUCCUUUAAAAAUAUGUCUUAUCGUCGCUGCGAUUGUCAUGGUGAUUGGCCUGAUUGCAGCAAUACCAGUGGCAUUAGUGAUUAUCGGACAGGACCCGGAGACAGCGAACAAAAAUAAUCCGCCACCACGUGGAAUGGACAUUACACCUUCAACCUUUACAACUGAAGGAACUUCUACAACCCCAGUGUCUCCUACACAUGAUAUGCAUGGCACUGAAGAGACAACAGCCCGCGUCACUUCUGAGACAACAAGUUUAACCCCAGAUAAAACAACAUCAACCACUAAAGUGCUAGCAAGUCCCUCAACCACAGACAUUACACCUUCAACCAUUACAACUGAAGGAACUUCUACAACCCCAGUGUCUCCUACACAUGAUAUGCAUGGCACUGAAGAGACAACAGCCCGCGUCACUUCUAAGACAACAAGUUUAACCCCAGAUAAAACAACAUCAACCACUAAAGUGCUAGCAAGUCCCUCAACCACAGACAUUACACCUUCAACCUUUACAACUGAAGGAACUUCUACAACCCCAGUGUCUCCUACACAUGAUAUGCAUGGCACUGAAGAGACAACAGCCCGCGUCACUUCUGAGACAACAAGUUUAACCCCAGAUAAAACAACAUCAACCACUAAAGUGCUAGCAAGUCCCUCAACCACAGACAUUACACCUUCAACCUUUACAACUGAAGGAACUUCUACAACCCCAGUGUCUCCUACACAUGAUAUGCAUGGCACUGAAGAGACAACAGCCCGCGUCACUUCUGGGACAACAAGUUUAACCCCAGCAACUCCCGGUACCUGGAACAACUGGGGAUCUUGGACUACCUGUGGAGCCACGUGUGGGAAUGGGUACCACACAAGGUAUAGGACAUGUUUUAGGACAUCUGCGAAUGACCCGGUCUGUCAGGGAGAAUAUGUACAGACAACGACGUGUUCUGUGACCACUUGUCCAGUGUACGGUGUUUGGACCACUUGGUCAGGUUGGUGUGAAUGUGACGUUACGUGUGGAGGUGGUACCCAGUUAAGGACAAGAGUUUGUCAGAAAUCCUCGUCUUCGGACCUGAACUGUGUGGGAACUUCGACACAGUCCCAGACUUGUAGCACUUGGAACUGUCCAGACUGUUCCCAGACUUGUCCGAUUGGUGCGCUGAACGCUGAUUGUACUGCUUGUGAGUGUACUUCUAACACUGUACAGGGAAUCGUGCGUAACCAUGUCAACGUUCCACUUGACGAGGCAACAAUCGCACACGCUAGUGUUCCUUACAAGACGUUAGCAACGAGCAAUAAAACUGGUGGGUUUGUGUUGGUCACGACAUGUGAUGCUGUUGAACUUAUCAUCACCAGGGCUGGCUACGCUGACGUCACUGUCGCCGUUACAGAAAGCAGUGUUACGGUUCAGAUGUCGCUCAUAGCUUACCCUGCCAUUAGUAUGAAUCCAAAACCUCGUGUUCGUGUCAAGGGUGAAAAUGUGACGUUCUGCUGCGAAGCCUACGGCAAUCCCUCCAUCUCUAACUACGAAUGGAUGAAGGACGGAGUAUUAAUUAACGAUUCAAAAUACCCGGAUGGAUUUAACUUGACACUAAAUGACGUUACCACGAGCGAUAGUGGCCAGUACAAAUGUCGCGCCAACAGUCCUGUUGGGGCUGUGUACUCCUCUGCAGCUCUGCUCACUGUCAAAUCGUCAGGAUCCGUGUUUUGUGAGGAAGCUUACGAGGAGAAAAAAAUAAGUCUUCCUUCCGAUUGCGUACAGGUUGAUGGCACAACUCUGUAUGAAAUUGGAGGAUGCGCCAAAAAGACAUGCCGUGGUGACAAUAAUGAGGAGGGGCUUUGUGGACCUAGUAAAAAGUUCUGCUGCCUUCCUUCUUCCGAGGAAGAACGGACUGUCCGGUGUAAUGACUACAGCCUGCAGGUUAUCAUCAUCACAGGAUGUUCAUGUGGAGAAUGUUCGUCUACUGAUAUUACGAUACAGGGACAAGUGACGGGACUGAAUACUGGCGUCAAAUUACGCCUCGGUACAAUAUACGUGAAUGGUUCCUCGGUUGCCAGGACUACAUUUUCUGGACUUUUUUCGUUUACCGUACCUGCCGGUACAUUGAGUGUAGCAAUGACUUUUGAGGACACAAUCUUCAAAACCCUACUGACCACUACACGACUGAUUACAUUUUCGGAUUCUAUGGAAGGACCGGUUUAUCGGCAGAUUACAAUGAUGGAAGCUGCCCCUCCGAUCACCAUUUCCACAGAUGUUGAAAACACAAUUUCGAUGGGCAAUUAUAGCGGAAUGCCGGCCGUAUCAGAGGUGAUCUUACCAUCGAACUCAUUCGUGGACGAGUCGGGAAACCCUUAUAACGGAGUGGUGAAAGCUAGUAUGAACAUGUUUGAUCCUAGAAACCUGAGUAGUAUUUCAUCCGCUCCCGGCACGUUCGAAUUCAUCGAUGCAGAGGGUGAAACACAGGAUCUUCAAACAUUUGGCGUUAUCGUUAUGGAUUUUUCAGAUGAAUCUGGAAACAAAGUGAAUAUUGCUGGAAACGUUACCAUCAAGCUGGACGCUGCACUUGUUGAGAGCACAUAUUCUGGAAAUGUUACCGAUGUGAAGUUGUGGGGACUGAACUCCGUGACCGGGCAAUGGGAAGAGAUUGGACCCACAGUCGUGGAGACAUCAAAACGACGUAAGAGACAAACUGCGAAAAAUUAUCUCGUAGGAAAAGUUCAAGUCAGUGCAUUCCAGGCAAUAAAUUUAGACUGUUAUAGAGGGUUCUCCAGAUGCUACUUAAGAACCGCCGUUAAGGAUAGGAACAAUAUUCCCGUUAACGGCUACACCGUACGAGUGAUGCACAUGACGUAUCCUGGAGAAAAGUAUCCUGGCAGAAACGCAGAAUAUGUCACAGCGGUCAAGGAAUCUUCGAGCAACAGUGAUGGGUUGCAAUAUACGUUUUGCCGUAGUGAUGCGUGGGGUUAUAUCCAAGUAUUUAAAAGAGGGAAAGAAUAUGAGCCGGGUAUUUCCAGACUUAGUGGACUAACACAGUCUGCACGUUCCCGUCUGACUUAUGAAACAACAACGGACCCCAUUGGCGUAAAAACCAAAUUCCUGCUAUCUGGUGAUGGUCCAUUUAGGAAGUAUGGUUCGUUAACGUCAAUAAACGUGUUUAAUUUCUACCAACGUUCAACUUCGAACUUCGCCGAUUUUACUCUCUUGAAUAUCGAUCCAAGUGAAGCCUAUGAACGUUCCUUAAACACAGAUGACAUCGGACCGAAGUUGUGGUAUCCACACAAAAAAACUCUCGAAAUGUCUGAUUUCACAAUCUGUAUGAUAAAAAUAGAAGUAACUGGCACAUCUGAAAAUCUUUCCUUUUCAAUCAGAAGUAAGGCAGGCACAAAUAGCGGAAUAGAAGAUACAGUCUUGGGAAUUCGUCAGGAAUAUGUGGAGAACAGUGGGGCUUGUAUAGAGUACAAAUGCAGUGGCAAGUUUCCGUUAUUCAAAAACCUUAUUUCAUCAACUGGAUCUCAAAGUCAACACGAUUAUACCAAAGUAACAAUAACCCCAGUAGGACGAUUAUGUACUGUGUCAUGGGAAGGCGAAAUCAAAUCACAUGAUAUUAAUACUGGAUCAAGCAACAUCGGAACCGUAUCUCCUGAAUGGUUUAUUCCCGACACAGAAGAACAUGGGAUCUACAUAUAUGAGCAAACACUAAUGUAUGGUGCCGUGGAUUGGGAAAAGGCAAGGGAGACAACUCGGAACAUGUGCAAGAAAGGCGUCAAAAGUCCGUCAGAUGAAACCAACCCCAGCAUGAAUGCUGCCGUUGACCCUGCUCUCAGGUUUACGUGUAUCUAAGUUAACAAGCGUUGUUUAAACUCGGAUAAAAACUAAACUGAUCAUCAAAAAAGGCUGCAAAAUGAAUUUGAACAUGAUGAAAUGUAAAGUAUAUAACAAUGUUAUUCUCACUACGUAAUGAUUGGGUGUAUUACGUCGCGUUCUCUAAAUCAAAUCUUUUUAAUUAAAACAAGACAAUGCGUCAUCACAGACGCACAUUGAACAGUCCAACUUUUCAGAUCACUGUAGAGACCAGAUUACUUGCAUGACUGUCAGGACUGAGUGUAUUUUUCAAAACCAUUGAUUUUCAUUUAUCGAUGAACAAUUUGAGUACUUCAUUUCUUGUGAAAACUCUUGUACAAACAGUCUCAAGAUUUUUUUAAAAAUAAACUUUCGUUUCCAUUUCCAUAGCCAUUUAGUU